AUGCCAUUCUCUUUCAUCUUCACCUCUCUCUCUUUACUUUUCCUUAUUAUCUUUUUAUUAUUUUGUUCUAUUUCUUCCUCACAUUUAUCUUUCUAUUUUUGCCUCUCCUUUAACCUCUUCUUUCCUUUUCCUUUUUUUGAGAGGUGGGGAGGUGUUAUUCUCAUCUGUUUCUCUCUCUCGUUGCUAAGCCUCUCUUUUAAUCUCUUCUUUCUUUUUCCUUUUAUUGGAUGUCGUGAAGUGGCAAAGAAUGAACACUGUAUCUCUUUCCUUUCUAUCUAUAUUUUCUCCUCUUCCCCCUCCUUCCUUUUUUUAAAUCCAAUUUUCUUCUUUCUCCAUCUUAACCCUCUCUCAUCUCCUGCUUGCUUUCUGUCUUUCUUCCAUUUUAUUCUUUUUCUUUUCUGUCCUUUUUCUUUGUUACCUCUUUUUACCCUCAUCCUUUUUUCUCUUUCAUCCUUUUUGAUCCUCUUUUCCUCACACCUCUUUUUUUCCUAUUUUCUUUUAAUUUCUUUCAUUCUUCUUUACUCAACUUCUUUUUAUGAUUCAUCCUCUUUUAUCAAAGACAAAAGUAUAUUUUCCUAUUUUCAUUCUUUCUUUCAUCCAUCAUGUUUAUUCUUCCCUGUCUUUCCCCCCUCCCACUCUUUCAUUAUUCCCCUCUUUUUCUUUUUCCCUGUCCCUUUUCCCACUCUUUCCCCUGUCCCUUUUCCACUCUUUCUCCUUUACCCUGUCCUUUCCCCUCCCACACUCUUCUUCUUGUCUCCUUCCCCCUCUCACAUUUUCUGUCCUUCCCCUCCCCUUUUUAAAUCUUCCCACCCACUCUUUUAUCUGUCCUUUCCCCUUCCAUUUUUAAGUCUUCUUUCUUCCCACUCUCUUUUCUGUUCUUUCCCUUCCUCUUCUUAA